AUGGCAGGCCCAACUGCUGUCGCAAAUAAUGCCGGCCCUUCUGCUAUCCCGCCCGUUAUGCAAGCGGCAGUAGAUGCCCGGGCUACGAAGCAAAGAACUUCGAGAACAUCUAUCCCUACCCAGUCUGGAAAAUGGAUUCUAGGCAAGACCAUCGGUGCUGGUAGUAUGGGUAAGGUCAAGCUAGCUCGUAAAGAAGAUGGGACAGAACAGGUCGCUUGUAAAAUUAUUCCUCGAGGCUCUACCGAAGAUAACCACCACAGUCGAGCUGAUAAGGAGAGGGCUGAUCAAUCGAAAGAAAUACGAACCGCGCGUGAAGCAGCCAUUGUGACUCUUCUACAGCACCCUCACAUCUGCGGUAUGCGUGAUGUGGUUCGAACCAACUACCAUUGGUAUAUGCUCUUCGAAUACGUGAAUGGCGGACAGAUGCUAGAUUAUAUCAUCUCUCACGGAAAGUUAAAGGAGAAGCAAGCAAGGAAGUUCAGCAGGCAAAUCGCCAGUGCGCUCGACUACUGCCAUCGAAAUAGCAUAGUACACCGCGACUUGAAGAUUGAGAAUAUCCUUAUUAGUAAGACUGGCGACAUCAAAAUCAUUGACUUUGGUCUCAGCAACCUCUUUGCCCCCCGUGGUCACCUUAAAACCUUCUGUGGCAGUCUAUACUUCGCCGCUCCCGAACUCCUUCAGGCACGGGCUUACACUGGACCCGAGGUUGACGUCUGGAGCUUUGGUAUUGUUUUAUACGUGUUGGUGUGUGGUAAAGUCCCCUUCGACGAUCAGAGCAUGCCAGCUCUCCACGCGAAGAUUAAGAAGGGGCUUGUGGAUUAUCCUAGCUGGCUAUCUAAUGAAUGCCGGCAUCUCCUUUCUCGUAUGCUUGUCACCGACCCGAGACAACGAGCCACUAUGUACGAAGUCAUGAACCAUCCUUGGAUGAUCAAAGGUUAUGGCGGUCCUCCCGAAAACUACCUCCCCGCUCGGGAGCCCCUGACACUCCCUCUCGAACCAGAAGUCAUCAACGCUAUGACCGGCUUUAACUUUGGCCCCCCGGACCUGAUUAAAGCUCAGCUCACUAAAGUUAUUGAAUCCGAAGAUUAUAAACGUGCCGUGACGCUUCUACAGAAGGAAAAGGAAGUGUUACCUGCGCCCAAGGACGUAGAGAAGAAGCGGGGAUUCGGAUUCGACUUCUACAAGCGACACAACUCCGGGAGCAGCCGCGACAAUUUGACGACUCCAAGCUCGGAUGCGCUUCAGAUCGGCGCCGAUCCGCUUAAUGCAUUCAGCCCUCUAAUAUCUAUAUACUACCUAGUAAAAGAGAAACAAGACCGAGACAAAGUAGAUGCCGUACCGAAGUCUCAUGCGCCAAAGAAUGUGGCAGACUCGCCAAUGCCAGAAAUCAUCCCACCUCCUGAGGCUCACACAAAUACGGCGACGUAUGAAAUGGCUGGAGAGAAGACUACUGGGGGAAGAUCGAGACCUCGUGCCAGAACUCACGGAGAAGAUGAUGCUCCGGAAGAACUUAAGAAGGCACCACAGGGCACACUUGCACCUCCAGAGAUUCCCACAGAUCCGCCGCCGAAGAAGGAGAGCACUGCUGCUGGCAUCCUUAGACGGUUCAGCACUAGGCGUCGUAAAGAACCAGAGAGGCUCGAUAAAGAUCGCUCGCAUCCGCCUGUGGUCCAGGUUCAUUCGCCAGCCGAUGCGCUGGAAUCACCACGGAAGAGUUUUAGCAUACGUAGGUCCAGACGCGAUCGGGACGAGAAUAAGCCGACAAGGUUACGGUCUGGGAGCAGCCAGCCACAGCAUCGAGAUCUGCUCAGCCCGCCUCUUUCUGCUGGCGCUGACUUGUCCGGGAGCAACAAGGGUUUGGGAAGAUCGACGAGCGUGAGCUCGGCAGAGUUUAGAAGACGACCAUUCGGAUCUGCGAACAAAAUUAAUAAAGAGCCGCCACCAACUAGCGGGUCCGAUCAGUCGGCAGCUACCGAUAAAGUUCCACCGGAGCCGAAGAGUGCCUUGAACUCCCGAGCUACAUCUAUGAGGGCAAAGCCGUUAAGCCAUGCUCGUCGCGAGAGCAUACAAGCGAGGAGAUUGCGUAGGGAAGGUGCUCGUGCCGCUGAUGUGCCCGAAGAGACGGACCAGGAGCUUGGUGAAGCAAGCGGAAAUUCAGCGGAGCGUCUGGACGAUUCGGAGCUAGCAAAGCCGGUUUUCCUAAAGGGUCUCUUCAGCGUUUCCACAACAUCGACUAAAUCAGUGCCCGCUAUCCGUACAGACGUUAAGAGGGUGUUAAAACAACUUGGAGUCGACUAUACGGAGAUUCGUGGUGGCUUUUCUUGUCGCCACGCACCUAGUAUCGAUCUCAAGAAGGCAUCAGACGCACCGGGUAGCCCGGCCCCGACGCCUAAUCACCGCCGUAGGUUUAGCUUUGGUAUCAGGACGGAUAAAGAGCGCGAUGAGCUCCGAGAAAUGGAUCGUGUUCCUCCUACGCCACGGACGCCAGGGAAGGGACCGGCCGAUCGAAGCGACUCUACUUCGGAACUCUCCGACCCCGAAAGUAUCAACCGGGAUGCAACCACCUCGUCAAGGAGAGUACCGGGCGAAACGACGACCCACGUGCACAGCGACCUAGGUGGAAAUAUGGUUUUAGAAUUUGAAAUCUUCAUUGUGAAGGUUCCCUUGCUUUCGUUGCAUGGGAUCCAGUUCAAGCGCAUGGCAGGAAAUACGUGGCAGUUCAAGAACAUGGCAGACCAUAUUCUAAAGGAGUUGCGCCUAUGA